UAGUCUGCUGGAGCUUGUGAGCUGCAGUGAUUGAUGUAUAUUGUUUCUGAUGUGCAGCUUUUGGGUGCUGUGCAACAACAAAAGAGUCACGUCAGUGUGUAGCAUGGCGCUUUAAUACAAGGUUUAGAGACAUUUUACCCUCCUUUCUUGUGUUCAGUUGAUUUGCUGAUGUGUUGCUGCUAAACUGAGGUGGUCACUGCUGAAAUUGCACCAUAAGUGUUGUGGCGUUCUUGAGGUUGGGUUGACGCUUGUUUACAUGGAAGAUUUUAUUAAUUGGAGGCUGAACAUUAAGUAUUUUGAUGUUUCCGAUGUAUAUCACUUGACAGAAUAUGACCGACACAUAGCAACCCGCAGAGGCAUGGCAGCUGCUUACCUUGACCCGAACUUGAAUCACACAGCAGGUUCAGGAGCCAAGUCUCGCUUGAGUAUGGAACGCUCUCCUGGUGCCAUGGAACGAGUACUGAAGGUCUGCCAUUAUUUUGAGAGUAAUAAUGAACCCUCAAACUGGAUCAUGAAUAUUCGGCAUGGCGAUGCGACAGAUGUCCGGGGUAUUAUUCAGAAGAUUGUAGAUUCUCACAAAGUAAAGAAUGUGGCAUGCUUUGGCAUUCGACUCAGCCAUAUGCAUUCAGAGGAAGUCCAUUGGCUACAUCCAGAUAUGGGUGUUUCACAUGUGCGUGAGAGGUUUGAACAGCAUCACCCUUCAGAUGAAUGGAGGUACGAGCUUCGAAUCAGAUAUUUACCAAAAGGUUUUCUGACUGAGUUCAGUGAAGAUAAGCCUUCGUUAAAUUUCUUUUAUCAACAGGUCAAGAAUGAUUAUAUGAUGGACAUAGCUGAUCAAGUGGACCAAGAUAUUGCACUGAAACUAGGAUGCCUUGAGAUCCGGAGAUUCUAUAGAGAAAUGCGGGGAAAUGCCUUGGAAAAGAAAUCCAAUUAUGAAUUGCUGGAAAAGGAUGUGGGUUUGAAAAGGUUUUUUCCCAAGAGCCUUUUGGAUGCUGUCAAGGCAAAAACACUGAGGAAGUUGAUACAGCAGUCUUUUCGCCAGUUUGCCAAUUUGAAUGAAGAGCAAAGUGUUCUGAAGUUCUUUGAAAUUCUAUCUCCAGUUUAUAGAUUUGACAAGGAAUGCUUCAAAUGUGCCCUCGGGUCAAGCUGGAUAAUUUCAGUAGAAUUGGCAAUUGGACCGGAAGAAGGGAUCAGCUACCUUACAGACAAAGGCUCUAUGCCAACUCAUCUGGCUAAUUUCAACCAAGUGCAGACAAUUCAGUAUUCGACCAGUGACGAUAAAGACAGAAAGGGAACUUUGCAAUUAAAAAUAGCUGGUGCUUCAGAGCCUUUGACCAUUACAACUCCAUCGCUGAACAUCGCAGAGAACAUGGCAGACUUGAUAGAUGGAUAUUGCCGCCUUGUAAAUGGAGUUGUGCAGUCAUUCAUCAUCAGGUCCCAGAAAGAAGGAGAACGUGCCUUGCCUUCCUUACCCAAGUUGUCAAACAGUGAAAAGCAAGGAUUGAGGACUAGAGCUGUUUCAGUCUCGGGAAUGAAUCAUUGUCAGCCCAGAGUAAAGAAAGCCAGGCGCUUUCUUCCUUUCAUCCUCUGUUCUCAGCACACAACCAAGGAUGAACUUAGUGGGGACGAAACCGAUGAUUACGCAGAGAUCAUAGAUGAAGAGGACACUUACACCAUGCCUUCUAAAAGCUAUGGGAUAGACGAAGCCAGGGAUUAUGAGAUACAGCGAGAGAGAAUUGAACUGGGUCGUUGCAUUGGAGAGGGACAGUUUGGUGAUGUGCAUCAAGGGAUUUACAUGACUCCAGAAAAUUCUGCCAUGGCAGUUGCUAUCAAAACAUGCAAAAACUGCACUUCGGAUAGUGUACGGGAAAAGUUCCUACAGGAAGCCUUGACCAUGCGACAAUUUGACCACCCUCAUAUAGUGAAGCUGAUUGGCGUAAUUACUGAAAAUCCAGUCUGGAUAAUUAUGGAACUGUGUACAUUUGGAGAGUUACGUUCGUAUUUGCAAGUGAGGAAAUACAAUUUGGACUUGGCCUCCUUAAUUCUGUAUGCCUACCAGCUAAGCACAGCACUCUCUUAUCUGGAGAGCAAGAGAUUUGUACAUCGGGAUAUUGCUGCUAGAAAUGUGUUGGUAUCCUCAUUGGACUGUGUAAAGUUAGGUGACUUCGGUCUGUCAAGAUACAUGGAAGAUAGCACUUACUACAAAGCUUCAAAGGGGAAGUUACCCAUCAAAUGGAUGGCUCCCGAAUCAAUCAACUUUCGUCGGUUUACCUCAGCAAGCGACGUAUGGAUGUUUGGUGUUUGUAUGUGGGAAAUUCUAAUGUAUGGAGUGAAACCAUUUCAAGGAGUAAAAAACAACGAUGUAAUUGGUAGGAUUGAAAAUGGUGAACGCUUGCCAAUGCCUCCAAACUGCCCACCGACGCUGUACAGCCUUAUGACAAAGUGCUGGGCAUAUGAUCCCAGCAGAAGACCUCGAUUCAAUGAACUGAAACAACAACUCAGCACAAUAUUGGAAGAAGAGAAAAUGCAGCAAGAAGAACGGAUGAGAAUGGAGCAGAGACGACAGAUCACAGUUUCCUGGGAUUCUGGAGGAUCAGAUGAAGCCCCUCCAAAGCCCAGUAGACCUGGUUACCCAAGUCCACGAUCCAGUGAUGGAAUAUUCCCCAGUCCACAACAUAUGGUGCAACACAAUCAUUAUCAGCAGGUUUCUGGAUAUACUGGUUCCCAUGGAAUUUCACCCAUGCCUGGAAGUAUUUAUUCAGCACAGGCAGGUGUAUUAGAUGCUCACGAUUCCUGGAAUCACCAUAGACCUCAGGAUAUUCAAAUCUGGCCACAAAACUUAGAGGAUACUAGCACUUUGGAUAUGCGUGUAAUGGGACAGAUGCUCCCAACAAAUGUCAUGGAAGAACGGUUAAUAAGGCAGCAGCAGGAAAUGGAGGAGGAUCAGCGAUGGCUUGAACAAGAAGAGAAGUUUUUGAAACCUGAUCCAAGAUCUUUGAGAAAUAAUGUUGAUCGGGAUGAUGGAGGUCUCCUUGAUCCGACUGGUAAUCAACACAUCUAUCAGCCUGUUGGUAAACAAGUAGAGCAUGCAGCGCCGCCAAAGAAGCCACCUCGACCUGCAGCACCUAGCCAUGGAGGAAGUGUCGCCAGCCUUAAUAGCCCAACUGAAAGUUACAAUGAAGGAGUAAAGCCGUGGAGGAUCCAGCCACAAGAAAUAAGCCCUCCGCCCACAGCUAACUUGGACCGUUCCAAUGACAAAGUAUAUGAAAAUGUGACUGGUUUGGUGAAAGCAGUGAUAGAGAUGUCCAGCAAAAUCCAACCAGCACCUCCAGAGGAGUACAUACCAAUGGUGAAAGAGGUUGGUUUGGCAUUAAGAACGUUAUUGGCUACAGUCGAUGAAAUCAUUCCGUCAUUCCCAGCAAGCACCCACAGAGAGAUCGAGAUGGCACAAAAGUUAUUGAAUUCUGAUUUAGCAGAAUUGAUCGGUAAAAUGAAGCUAGCGCAACAAUAUGUGAUGACAACUCUGCAGCAUGAAUACAAGAAACAGAUGUUAACAGCUGCACAUGCAUUGGCGGUGGAUGCCAAAAAUCUGCUGGAUGUUAUUGACCAAGCCAGACUGAAAAUGAUCGGAGGUCAGCCAAGACCCCUCUAGCUCUCUGGAAUCUGCGUUGGGCCAGUGUGGGCAGGGUCUUGAAACGAUCACGUGAUCAAAUCUGUAACCAGCGCAUGGAGUCACAAAGAGCCAAAAAAAAACUUUAUAUAUCUACAAUGUAUAGAAGCCAAGAAUGUGCUAUAAUAUCAAGGAUUCUGGGACACCUCAGGGCUGAGAAUUCUUGCUGCACAGUACUGAAACUCCAGACUGGAACUUUUCUCACUGAAUAGAAACAGACCAAUAUUUAGCUGCAAUACAUCAACCAGGAUUUGAACAAAGAUGUUAUAUUUUCAGACUGAAGUCAUUUAAUGUAACAAUAUAAAGUUUCUUGUUCCUCCAUCUCUCAUGAAUGGAGGUGCUCUUAUAUUUCAAAAACACACUUAAGUGUUGGUUUCAAACUAGCAUGUAGAAUAGUGCUGAGACUGAACCUUCCUUUGAGCAGAAGUACAUGCUAGUUGUUUAGAGAAAACCUGGAACAGAUAGAGCUGCAUUUGUUGAUGUGGCAAAAUCGAGUGUUGUGUAUUAAUAUUUCUUCUACCAUUGUUUAAUUUCAUUUUUUAAUUAUUUAAAAUGAAAGCCAUGAUGACGAUUAAAAACAAAAUAGUUCAUAACCACCAUGUUUCUGGCUUGUCUAGGAGUUUGUUGGGAACAGUGUAGUAUGCAGGCAUGGUACAUUUAUUUUUAAUUUCCCAUAUGUUAUUGCUUUUCUCUGGAACUCCCUCCUUCAUUUUGGGGUAUAAAUUAUUCUCAGGAAGAAUAUAAUGAACUGUACAGUUAUUUGACCUAUUAAAAAGGUGUUAACAAGAA